AUGGCUAACGAUCGAUUGCCUCGAAUCACCAGAACGAUAUUAGUGCAUGGUAAGUUGAUUCAGAAUGCUGCUAAGUGGCUCGAUACGAAUGAAUCUACUUUUACCGAUUGGUCAACAUUUGAAAAUGCAAUUAAGAACAGAUAUACAUCUUUAUUUAAAAAACAAGGAAAAUUCAGUACACUAAAAGGAAGAAAACAGACACGUGGUGAAUCAACAAUUGAUUAUUACGAUAACGUGAGAGAAUUAUGUUUAGAUAUCGAUUCAGCCAUGAGUGAACCGACGAUGAUUCAACAUAUCAUGAGUGGCUUAGAUCCAGAAAUAAAAAUUGAAUCACUACGAGUUGAAAAUGAAUUAAAAACAUUAAAAGAAUUCGAAAAAGUCUUAAAAAGAGAACAGGAUAUUGUAGAAAUGAAAGAAAGAAUGAAAUCUCUUUUAGGACAACAACAAUAA